AAGCGCAGCCACCAUCCAUUCGGCCGACAGGACGAUAUUCUGACGCAGGGUUCAGCCCUAUAGAUCUCAAUUACCAGUUCUUGUAGUUUCAGCAGUUGAUAGAACCUUUGAGCUGCAGAAACAAGGUUAGUAUACUAUUAAAGCGGACAACUUUCUCCUUCACCUCUUUGGGUAAUUCUUUGAUACCCAUUUGUGGGGAUGAUUAUUAGAGGGGACGCCAACAGGGUCUCCACCAUCGUCGGAGAAAGAAUAUGUCCGUUGCUGCCGCGAAUUAUUAUUAUUAGGAGAGGAUGCACCGCCGUCGCCGAAAAAGGCACCCGUCGCCGCGGGGUAGUUGAUGAUUUGGAACUGGUGGUCGCCGCUGCUAGGGUUUUCGUCCGCGGCCGUGGAGGAAGUUGGUGGAAGAGGGAGGGGAGGGCAGUGGCGGAUCCAGGGCUGGGCCAACCCAGGCCCCGGCCCAGCCCUCCUCCGGAUCCAGUGUUAGUUUAGUGUUUAUAAAAUUUUUCGAUUUAGGUAUUUGACCCAGUGCUAUUUAAAAUCAUGUCUAGUUUUAUUUGAUAAUAGAAUUUUAUGCAACUAGGAAAAUAGUUCAGAUGAACAUAUCCAAACCAUUACUCUAAAUUUAUACUAACAGGUCGUUUGGCUGUGGUAAUUGAGUGUGGGAAUUAGGCCAAAUUACCACAUAAUGUUGUAUUCAUGCUGAAAUUCCAUGUUUGGAUAGCCUAAAAGUGUGUGGAAAUUGGGCCCAAGGAAUUUGGUCACAUUCCCACGUAUGUGGAAAUUGGAAAACCGGCCCACCCCCCCUUGUAUUUCACUUUCCCACGUUUAUACAAAUUUUGGUUCCAUUUCUAUCCCUGUUAUUUUAUUGGAAAUCCAAACUUGCCCCUCUUGUCUUUUAUACUCCACUUUACACGUUAUCCUUCUUCCUCACCACAUAUCUUGCUCUUUUCUUUUUUUUUGUUCCAGAGGAUUACCAAAGAAGGCGACAAGAAGGGCUCUCACCAACCAAGUCUAGUCUCCCAAUAGCGCCAGCAAGCAGGAGUCGAGAGGAAACCAUCACGCAUCAUCAGGUUCUUUCUCGUUAUUGCUGGGUUCGUAGUUAAAAUUAGGUGGUUCUGUUUUGGUAAAUAAUUAGGGUUCUGUAUACCCUUUUCUCUUCAGCUGAAGGUAUACAGAACUAGUCUGCUUAGGUUUGAGAUAAUUGAUUUGUCUGGUCUGUUGAUAUGUUGGUGUUGGUUAGUUGAUUGAAUUUAUUUUGUUAUCAUUAUCAAGGAUGUCGAGACUGUCCACACUGAAUCCGACGCGUAGACGACAAGUGAUUGCGGCUAUUAGCUCAUUCAUGAACCUUCUUUUCAUUUAUGUCACUCUAGGAAUGCAACUAGCCCAGCUUCUACAAGAAAGACACUCAAACCGUAGGCUUGUUAGCUCAUUCACCUCACCAUUUAGUUGCAUAACAAGAGAUCGGUUCUCUUCCUUCAGCGCAGCAUGUUUAAUUUCCAAAUUUGCUAACAACUUACAGAGAUACCCGUCCCUGUCGUGUUUGUCAUGACCAUCGCACCACUGAAACAAACCACAUUCAUCCUGAAAUAAUAGAAGCCAUUCUUAGUUCCUCCUCACGCACACAACCAGUUCUGACCUAAUUCAGGAAAACAUGAUUGAAAACAAGAUUGAAUUAUGCUUUGUCAUCUACCUUCAAUAAAACCAAUACUGACCUUUGAUGGGAACAAUGGGCAAGAGUAGAAUUUGCGAUUUGGGUUUGUUGGGGUGUGUGAAACCCGAACUGCUGCUCUGAACCCACAACCGCAGAUCUUCUCCUUCCUUCUGUUUGUAGCUGCCAUGAGAUUAGCCUUCACUUUUCUAUGAGGAAGCCUUUACUGUGAGAAGCUUUGAAAGAAGAUGAACUUUAUUAGGAGGGGAGAGGAAACCUUUACUGGGUAAAUGACAGAAAUAUUGUUUAUUUUUUUUAAUUUACCACAAAUAUGGCCAAUUAAAAACUAUUUACAAAGAUAUUGUGGUUUUUAGUAAGGUUUGGGGCGGGACCACCUGAGACUCAGGCGGGACUAAAUUUUUACCCAGUCCUGGGCGCCGGCGCCCCAGUCUCAAGCAGCCCCGCCUCAGACAAAUUUUUUUAAUUAGUCUGAGGCGCUGGCGCCCGAGACUCAUGCGGGAGCGCCCCGGACUAAUUUUUUUUAAAUUUGGACGGGCCCUCCCACCUUAUCCCCCUCCCACCUUAUCCCCUCCCCACCACCACAAUUCCUCCCUUCUUCUUCCUCCCCCCAACCCCGAACCAGACCCAACCUCCUCCUCCCUCCUUCUUCUUCCUCCACCCCAACCCCGAACAGCCGCCCGCCGCCCGCAGCACCGCCCCAGACUUAGGCGCCGCCGCCGCACACUCGGGCGCCGCCGCCGCAGAGAGGAGCGCCGCCGCUGCAGACAGGAGCGCCGCCGCCUUGGACUGAACCGCCGCCGCCCGAGAUGUCAUCCGACGAAGAACCAGUCGCCGCCGGCAGAGGCAGAGGUCGGCGAGGUCGUGGUGGAGUUGGCGGCCGUUUGCGCGUUCCGAGGCUUAUGGAUCCUUAUUCGAUGAGAUUACCGCCGGCGACAAUUGAUUCAAGUCCGGUCGAUCCGACACUUCUUUGGGGACACGGCCAACAUCGUAUCGACUCUGUUUGGACAAACGAGGCUGGUGAUCGACCGUACCAUGUUCGAGGUACGACCAUUUUAGUACCUUACCAUGAAUUUUAUCGGCCAUAUCUCGAAGCGGCAGACUUGUUUAGUGUCGUGCCCCUAGUCCCUAUGAACCCCGAUGCUAGUUUGAUUACUGCGCUCGUAGAGCGGUGGCGCCCCGAGACGUCGACCUUCCAUCUACCGUGUGGUGAGAUGACGAUCACGUUAGAGGACGUUGUUACACUGUCCGGUCUGGCGAUCGACGGUGAUGCCGUCGUAGUUGAUAUACCGGAUGAGGAGUGGUCGGCGAUCUGUUUGAGACUGUUGGGACGAGUUCCGGCCGAUCUUGUAGGCAGUGUCGCUGUUGUUAGGAUUGUUUGGCUGAGGGUUGAAUUCAGUCAUCUGCCGGAGAAUGCAUCACAGGAGGUUAUAGAGCAGUUUGCAAGAGCUUAUGCUCUAUCUCUGCUUGGAAGUGUACUUUUCUCGGAUCGGUCUGGAAGUACGGUGCACCUACAGUACCUACUUCUGAUUGAGGAUUGGGAGAGAGUUGGACGGUUUGCCUGGGGAGCUGCUGUUUUAUCUUACCUGUACCGUGAGAUGGGUAGGUCGACUUUGCACAUUACGCAUACCGGCACUUCUCUUAGCGGUGACCUUGGUGGAUGGGUCGCCCUACUGCAGUUUUGGGCGUGGGAGCGAUUCACACAUCUGGCACCUCGAGACGAGGAGACGAGGGCACAGGCCACCGAGGAUGCAUUCCCACGUGGUCUUCGAUGGCUUUCGGCCAACAGUCGUCAGUAUGGUGACCAGCUAUUCCAGUACAAGCUGUGGUUUGACGCGAUGGACACCGUGGUGUGGCAACCUUACUUUGAGAGAGCACUUCAUCUCAGAGGUAGUGUGCUACAGUCUGAGACAUUUCGAGCAGUAGUGCCACUUAUCUGCUUUUCAUCGGUGAUGUGGCAUCAUCCAGACCGCGUGCUCCGGCAGUUUGGCAUGAGACAGCAUAAGCCUCAUCAGCCACAUUCUGAGGCUGAGGUUAGGUUUUUUCUUCGCCAGGCUACUCGUGGGCCAUCGCGUGGGCAGCAGUUGGUACACGCCUCCAGAGAGUCGAUUGCUUUCUGGAACCGUCGACACGAGUUUGUAGCGACGGCUCCAUAUACUGAUGAGGAGUUAGCCUACCACUCGGAGCAUAUGGAGUGGUAUAGAGAUGUCACCAGACGAUCCGGCACACGGAGAGGAGCUGCAGCAGAGGCGUUGUACGACACUAUCGAGCAUGCUGAGGUGAGUUUGCGUGACGGUGUACGGUCUGGAGGGCUGACCCCCGACCAGUGUGAGGACUUGGCCAACUUUAUGGCAUCCGGGGUUGCUGCUCUAGGGUUUGAGGAUCGUAGAUACCCUGAUCUGACAGUACCUGUACAACGCCAUUAUGAGGGGUCCGUCAUGACUGCCUGGCCAGAGCGUACUGAUCCGACACCGGGCUGGGUCGUCCCAGAGCCACAGUUCAGACAGGAGCAUAGGCCACGUAGACAGCGACGUGAGCAUCGUGAUGCACCCAACCCAUUUCGGGUUUCCGAUCGACAGCGAGCACAGCCCAUUCGGCCUACAUCGAGGAGCUUCCAGUUUAAUCCGCCUCGGACGCAGUUUCAGUCAGAUCCUUCCUCGAGCUUUCAGCCACCGCGACGACACGAGUUUCAGUCAGAUCCGUCUUCGAGCUUUCAGCCGCCGCGACGACAGCAGUUUCAGUCAGAUCCGUCAUCGAGCUUCUAUCAGCCAGAGGAUAGCUUCCAUACACCGCAGCAUGCUACGAUGGGAUCAGGUGGUGAUACUAGAGCAGCGACGACUCCCGACCUGUGGCAAGAGGGUGAUGAGCCUGAUGAGCAUCUUCAGUCUCAGCAGGAUGAGAUGUUCGGUACACAAGAUCAGGAUGGUGGAGUUGAGGAAGAUGAGCCCCAGGAGUAUGAUGGUAGACCUGUGCGCAUCAGGGUGCCUGCUAGGUGUGGUACUGGCGGCCAUCUAGCGGUGGAGCAUGGUGGUCGUCGUGGUGGUCGUCGUGGUGAUCGUCAGUGAGACUAUUAUUAUUAUGUACUUCCUUCAGACGUUUAUUUUUG